GGAGGCGGAGAGACAGACAGGAGGAGCGAGCGGACUGAGGACUGUCUCACUUUGAGCAGCAGUAGCUUUCAGUGCUGGAGCUGUCAAGAUGGCUGUCACGGGCUCCUGAUUAAGGACUGACAUCAUUUCAUCCGUGAGGUUGUGAAAGAUCAGCGAGCCAUUUCGUCGCGGCGGCGGUAGAAGUGUUUCACAUACACAGAGAUCUGCAGAUGGGUCAGGCUCUGUGGAGGGUGGUUAGGAACCAGCAGCUGCAGCAGCAGUACAGUGAACAGUGCUACCUCCAGCGGGAGAUGGAGCAGGGCAGAAGGACGGGGCCCCCACUGGCUGAGCCGCUGCAGCAGCACCGCACACCACAGUACCAGGUCCCUGGUACUGACAUUAACCAUCUGCUCCGUGUCCGCAAGGGCAAAGAUGAGCAGGGCUUCACUGACCUUGAGAUGCUGCCACCUGAACUCAGCAUCACCAUCCUCUCUUACCUGAAUGCUACCGAUCUGUGCCUGGCCUCCUGUGUGUGGCAGGACCUGGGCAAUGAUGAAUACCUGUGGCAGGGCCUGUGCAAGUCCACUUGGGGUCACUGUUCCAUAUACAAUCGAAGGCUUCCAUCUGGAUUUUCUUAUAAAAAGCUUUACAUGGAGUUAGAUGAAGGAAGUCUAACCUUCAACGCCAACCCGCAAGAGGGUAUCAGUUACUUCAUGUCCAGAGGCAUUCUGGUGGACCACCCGAAGGAAAUUGCCAAGUUUAUAUUCUAUACCAGAAUGUUGAAUUGGAAGAUGCUUCAGAUUUAUCUUGAUGAACGGCGAGAUGUCCUGGAUGAGCUAGUCACACUUCAUAAUUUUAGCAACCAGUUCCUCCCUAAUGCACUCAGGGACUUCUUCAGACACAUUCAUGCCCCAGAGGAGAGGGGCGAGUACCUGGAGACCCUCAUCACCAAGUUCUCCCAUCGCUUUUGUUCCUGCAAUCCCACUCUGGUGCAGGAUGUGGGCCUAAGUCCUGACGCAGUGUACGUGCUGUGCUACUCUCUCAUCCUUCUUUCCAUCGACCUCACCAGCCCCCACGUAAAGAACAAGAUGUCCAAGAGGGAGUUUAUCCGAAACACACGGCGGGCUGCUCAAAACAUCAGCGAGGACUUUGUAGGCCACCUCUAUGACAACAUCUAUCUGAUCGGCCAUGUGGCGGCCUAGACACUACAGCGCAUGAUGCAUUAGAAAGCGAUGGCUGAUACGUAAAACACUGGCGAAAGCGUUGGAAGGAUUCUGCACUAUGAAGAAUAAACUGUCAGAACACUGCAGGUCAUUUUAAACUGAAGUUAUAUGAGUUAAGCUCUUAUUAUGAUGUGCUGCAUUGCAUUACAAAGGAGUGGAGUACACGAACAGCCACGAUGGUGAAGAAUCAACAAAAUAAGUCAGCUGUUAGCAGGCUAAUAUACUAGCAGUGGUAGUGACAAACUUAACCUACCACAAAUUGCUUAACCAGGCAAAACCAUGUAGCAACAUAAAGGGAUAUGUGAUAAGCUAUGAAGUCAGUUAAAGAUGAAUGUAGAUUUAUGGGGCUUGCGUAAAAUUAACAUGCAUCUAUUUUCUUCCCCAUUCUAAUUUUGAAACCUCUCAUGCUAAUCCUAUGAAUGUCAGCUUUUUUCUUUUCUUUCUAUUUUUUUUUUUUUAUAAAUAUCUACAGUAGCAUUCAAAAAAGAUUCUUCUCAAAUUCAUAAACUCCACUAAUCUCCUUUCUGUCAGUCAUAUCAAAUAAUUAUUCUCUCAACAGCCAUAAAAAUAGACUUGGAUAUAAAUAUAUCUUGAAAUAAAUUAUAGUGAAAAGAUAGGUGUGUGUGUGUGUGUGUGUGUGUGUGUGUGUGUAUGUGUGUGUGUGUAUAUAUAUAUAUAUAUAUAUAUAUAUAUAUAUAUAUACACAAUUAUUAUUAUUAUUAUUAUUGAAGUACACUACAAUGGUUUUCCACCUAGACCAUAUUUUAAGAAAUGCAGGCAAUUCUACAGCCGCUGUAAUAUGAAAGGAUUGACAGACUAAAACAGAUCAUGAACAAAAGGUGUGUGUGUGUGUUUGCGUGCGCAAGGAUAUAUGUUUGUGCAUUGUCACAUGUUGCUUGAGAGGAGUAAAACCCUGAGACUUUGUUAGCACUGAAAUUUUUUUAUUUAUCAUCUGUUUUUAGUUUGGUUAAUUUUUGUUGGUCAUCUUCUCUACAUUUUUCUGAUUUUUCUUUUUUCUUACAUCCCAAACCGCUUUCAUUGUCCUUGCAAACACUUUGAAAAUAACUUUUGAAGACACUUUAAGAUCAACUUCCAUCAAGUCAUGUCAUUUUUACUGAACAUCUGAGUGUUUUAAUCUAGAAAACCUAUGCCUUUAACUUUUUCUCAAAUAGUCUUUGAGUAUUUAAUUACUUGAGAAAAUACUCCUAACUCAUGAAUGUUGAGUACUUUUAUUAUUAUUAUUAUUAUUAUUCAGUUUUAUUUCAUUAAGGCUUUCUUUUUCAAAAUUGGGUGCCAAUAGUGAGGAUUGCAUACUAAACUAACAUAUACACAAGAAUGAUUCACAAGCUCUGCAUAGUUUAAUUUAAUGUUGAAUAUUUUAUUUGCAAAUAAUGUAUAUAUUUAGGUAUAUAAAUUUAUAAACAUUACAUUUUUUUUUUUUAGAGGAUUUUAACUCAGAGUUGUGAGUUUCCCUUCAAUUUAUAGAGAGACUUCUCUUUUGCACUUUUUGGCAUUACCAUGUCAGAACGCUAAGAGCACUCAACCACUCAGCAAACUGUGUGACAUAAUUUAUUUGUGUAAUUUCAUGCCAAUAAAGGUUAACCUAUAUAAUAUGGAAUAUUGUUGCCUGGUGUUGAAUUAACUAGCAGAUUACAGCUUGUCUUCCCCUGGUUCCUUUGGUCUUUCUUUUUACCAUACAUUUAUUCAAAAAAAGAAAUGUAAUUAUUUUGCAUAUAGAUUUCCGAAUGAUACCACUGGACAAACGCACUUACAGAUUGUAUAUAAAAAAGUAAAUAAAAAUACAUAUUUUUGUUGAUAUUAGCGUGACGUUUGCAUAUUGUUUGUGCAUUCACUUGGUGGUGGCAUAUUGUGUGUGUAUAUGCUUAUUGUUAAUAUAACGUAGCAUGCCA